AUGGCUGGUGCGGAGGUGGUUGCGCUGCGACAGCGGCUGGCGGGGCUGGGGCGGAGGCUGGAACGGCUGAGAGGAGCGGGCGGCGAUGAUGCUUUUUUAGUAAAGGGUGCUAUUUCUCUGGAGAAGCUGAAAGAUCUUUGUAAAGAAGAUAAAGAAACUGUAAAUCCUUCAAAUCUUCUGCAGCUUUAUACACAGACAGUCUUAGACAUCACAUAUUUUGAGGAGAACCAACUUGCAGAUGAAGAUUUUCCAGAAGAUUCUUCCUCACAGAGAGUUAAAGAACUUAUCAGUAUUCUUUCAGAUCCAGAGGUUCUAGUUAAAGAAAGCAACGUGCAUCAAGAUCUAAUUGGUGUUCUAGGUACAGAAUUGUUAGAAUGUCUGUCCUGGAGACGAGGAGCUCUACUCUACAUGUAUUGUCACACUGUAAAAGAGAGAGGAUGCUGGCUAACAGAAAACACUGACUUGUUUAAAAAGUGUCUUAAUGAUGGAAUCCAUUACUUACUGAAGAUGCUAAGGUUUAGAUACUCUCCUUGGCUAAAUGAUGUCUCAUUUCAGGAUACAGACACAGCUAGACUGCUCAGUGAAGGUAUAUUUAGUGAUACCCAUGUUCUGGCCAUGAUGUAUAUUGGAGAAAUGUGUUACUGGGGACUGAAGCACAGUGGAGAAGAAAAGCCUGGAACCCAUGAAAUAAAUUCUGAAUCUAAUACUGAACUGUAUUGCAGCUUACAUAGUGCAGUGCUGGAUUUCCGAGACGUGGGAGAAAAGAUGUUAAUGAAAUAUGUAGCUCUGUGUGAGGGACUCUUGAAAGGACAAGACUGGAAUACAGCAAAUGCAAAACUAAUCUUGGACUACUUCAAGAAAUUCCAGAGCUAGCUUAAUGAACCCAUUGCUGUUAUCCAUUCUUUACAAGAAAGUUGCAAUAUAUGAAGAACACAAGUAGAAAGGUCAACAUUAAACUGAGCCAAAACACUAUUCAAAACUCAGUAUUAUGACUGUUUUUCUUGUGCUAUUGGAAAUUUUACACCUACAAUUCUGAAAGCUGCUGUUUAGAAUUACUAUUUAUUUGGUUAAAAACAAUUUACAGUCUAGUGAGCCUCCAAUCAGGCCAACUGCCUGCCUUCUCAGUAUUAAAUUUGUAAGAGGGUGGGCGCAUGGCAUGCGGCACACACACUCUACUCCACCAUUCAGCACCGAGAGAGUGUGUGUGUGUCGUAGAACUGCUGGUUGUAUAAAGUGCUGAGGAGAACACAGCUGCUCUUCAGUCAUGGAUAACUAUGAUAGUGGAGAAAACUGUUGUUUAUGAUGGGGAUUUUUGUCAUGUGUACAGCUGUGCCUCACUAUUACAUCAGAGGUGAACAGUGAAAGUGAGAGUCUGUUAUGGCUUUAGGUACUGUGGUUAAAAUCUAAAUGUCCCUCUCCUCGUACAGAGCAUAGGUAAAAGCCCUUUCUAGUCCUGGG